AUGGCUACCUACUCAUCGAAACUCCUCCUCUCCCUCGUGCUCACCUCAUUACUCGUCUCCUCCUCAACGAUCUCGGCCCGUAAAAUCAACCCGCACUCGACAGCAAGUACUCUCUCGGCCCGCCUGAAGCUCGACCAGCACAAUCCUCAAGGCACGGCCACAAGCCCGUGUUGGGACGCGUUGUUCGAGCUCCAAUCAUGCAGCGGUGAAGUUGUGCUCUUCUUUCUCAACGGUGAGACGCAGCUGGGCCCCGCAUGCUGUGGAGCCAUACGGACCAUCGAGCACGAGUGCUGGCCGUCCAUGCUUCGCUCGCUGGGGAUCACGGCUGAAGAAAGUGAUGUGCUUCGUGGCUAUUGUGAUGCGACUGUCGCUAGGGAUGGCGGCUCGACUGGUGCCCCUCCUCCGCCACCAUUGCUGGAGCACCACUGCUAUGCCAAGUUUCCACGUGUCCUGCCCUGA